AUGUUUGACCAACCCAUCUUCGGUAUCAAGUCCGUAGAGAUUAUUUCGGGACUUAAUGCCGGACUUUGCUCUACCUUGGUCAAUCAUCCACUUGAUCUGAUCAAGUUGAGAUUACAAUUGAAUUCCCAUCAAACUUCCUUAUCAGGGGGUAUUAGUUCCGUUGUGAAAGAUAUUGUUCAUUUAUCUACCAAAAAUGGAAAACUUGACCCUAAAGUGCUAGUCAAGGAGUUUUACAGAGGAAUCACUCCAAAUUUGGUUGGAAAUAUGGCAUCUUGGGCCUUAUACUUUAUGUGUUAUAACGAAUAUAAAACGUUCUUCAGAAAUCCAACGUCCUCAACGUAUCUGAUGAGUGGAUUCUUAGCAGGAUGGUCUACUUCAAUCCUCACGAACCCUGUAUGGGUGCUGAAGACGAGAAUGGUUGCAACUCAUCAUUCUACCCCCGAGGGUUACAACUCGUUGUGGGAAGGUGCGUCGCAAAUACUCAAGAAAGAAGGUAUAUCAGGAUUCUGGAAGGGUCUUACACCGGCGUUAUUAAACGUCUCCCAAGGGGCUCUACAGUUCACGUUAUACGACACACUCAAGGACAGCCUGUAUCCUGAAAACCAAAAGGUCCUUUCGACCUACCAGUACAUCUAUGUCAGUGGCAUUUCCAAGAUUAUUGCUACAGUAGCAUUCUAUCCAUUGCAAGUCUUACGCUCAAGAAUGCAAGGCUUCGAAUUGCUCAAAAAUAGGCAGAGCAUGUCUCAUUUGGUGAUUGAAAUUAUCACAAAAGAAGGCGUACCAGGACUUUAUAAAGGGCUAGUCCCCAACAUGAUGAGGGUCCUCCCUGCCACUUGCAUAACCUUAACGGUUUACGAAAACACGAAAAAUCUUCUUAACGGUACAUCGAAUAGAAAAAACAAUAUCGAUAAUAAUUAA